GCAGAGGUUGCGGUGAGUCAAAAUUGUGCCAAUGCACUCCAGUCUGGGCAACAGAGCAAGACUCAAUCUCAAAAAAAAGACUUUGUUUCAUGUACAAAAUUAUUUAAACUGUAUAAAAUUAGCUCUAUGUGAGUAAGGUAUAUAUGAAAUAAAUGAAUUUCAUGUUUAGACUUAGGCCUCAUCCCUAAGAUAUUUCAUAAUGUACAUAUAUAUUCCAAAAUCUGAAAUUGGAAACACUUCUGGCCCCAAGCAUUUCAGAUAAGGGAUACUCAACUUGUUGAAACCAUACAAUAUAUAGCUUUUCAGAUUGGAUUCUUUCACUUUUUAGUAUGUAUUAAAAUUUUCUCCAUGUCUUUUCAUGCCUUGAUAGCUCAUUUUUUUCUUGUUUUCUUUUUCUUUCUUUUUUCUUGUUUUCUUAUAAAUAGAUGUUUAUAGCAGCUUUAUUCAUAAUUGCCAAAACUCAGUAGGUAAAUGAAUAAAUAAUGGGUCUGUUUUUAAAAGAGUGUUUUAUAUUUUUACUAUUGAACAUCUUUUCACAUGUUAAUUUGUCACUUACCUUGUUUUGUGUAUAGUAACGUUCAUAUCCUUUACUGAUUUUUCUACUAAAGUCUCCUUUUACUCUUAAACAGAAGUGCCCUUAAAAAUCAAAUAGGGAACUUGCAUAUCAACAUUUUAAAUGCAUAUGUCCUUUGGCUGAUCAGUUCUAAUAUGUGGCAUUUAUCCUAGAAAUACAUUCUUAAAAGAAUAUAAAGGUAUUGAAUGAUGUUCCCUCUAGCAUGGCUUUUAAAGAAAAAAUAUAACCUAAGUAUGAUCAAUAGGAUAGUUAAGUAAAUUAUGGAACACCCAUACAAUAUUACUUAGCUUUAAUAAGAAUAAAGCUUUAAAAGAAUAAGCUGAUCCGUGAAGAUCUCCAAGCUGUCUUAACCGGAAAGAGCUAAGGUGCAAAAUUACAUUAUGAUACCAUAAGUGUUUUAAAAUGUAUAAAUGCUUAUUCACUAAACAAAAUGUUUAUUUAGUGCUACUGUGUGACAGGUAGUGUCCUAGAUAAAUACGCACAAAAUACAAUGGUUAACUCUAAAGAGUGGGACACUUUUCGUUUUAUGGUCCUUCUGCAACUUGACUUUUUUAUUGUACAUAUAUUAUGUAUACUUAAAGAAAAUAAUUUGUACAGAUUACUAUAAUGGUCUUUUAAUUGAUAUUUCACCUCCUAACCAGUGAUGACCCCGAAGACAUUUACCACUCUGUUGGUUUUUAAUUGAAAUGAUGUACAUAAAUGUGGGGCGUGCUUGCACCGUCCGGAUGGGACUGGGGUCCGUCAGCGGAGAGCGACCUGGGCGGGGCGGGAGGUGGCAGCGGGGGUCCUCCCGGAUCACCAGAGAGACGAGCGGCCGUGCUCCUAGAGAGGCAAGGAACCCGCCAGACUCCGCCACUCUGUUGCGGGCGCGGCGAGGGGAGAAGCUUUUGUGCAGGCCAAGCUGCUGGAGGCGCCGGAGACACCCAUCAGCCCCGCCAGCCCGCCAGUAGCACGGCCUGGGCUCUGGGGAAACCGGCGCUCCCGACUGGGCAGCCCCGGGCCUCUGCGCUCCCUCGGGAGCCUUUCACGAGGUCGGCUACGUCUUUGUUGUGCGCGUUCCUGAACUUUUGGUCCAUUAACCAACAAUUAGACACGCAGGUAUUCAGUGUCUGGCGCGGUGGUAGAUGCUGGGUGUAAUCUCAGAAAAAUACAUUCUGGGGUGCGCCUGAGGGUGCUGGCUGUGGCAUCUCAGGUGCUUUACCUGCCUUCGUGAAGAAGUCCAUCAGUAUUUGUUGAAUACCAGACCCCAAGCUAAGUGAAGCUUUAGCCUCUAAACGCAACAUGUAUGAAGCUUUGCCAGGCCCUGUUCCUGAAAAUGAAGAUGGCCUUGUGAAAGUGAAGGAGGAAGAUCCCACCUGGGAGCAGGUGUGCAACUCACAGGAGGGCAGCUCCCACACUCAGGAGAUUUGCCGCCUGCGCUUUCGGCAGUUCUGCUACCAGGAGGCUCAUGGACCCCGGGAAGCUCUGGCCCAACUCCGAGAACUUUGUCAUCAAUGGCUGAGACCCAAGAUGCACACCAAGGAACAGAUAAUGGAACUGCUGGUGCUGGAGCAGUUCCUGACCAUCCUGCCCAAGGAGCUCCAGCCCUGUGUGAAGACAUAUCCUCUGGAGAGUGGAGAGGAGGCAGUGACAGUGCUGGAGAAUCUAGAGACAGGAAGUGGAGACACAGGACAACAGGCCUCUGUCUAUAUUCAGGGACAGGACAUGUGCCCAGUGGUGACAGAAUAUCAAGGAGUCUCUUUGGAGUGUCCGAGCCUCCAGCUCCUGCCUGGGGUAACCACUCUGAAGUGUGAACCUCCACAGCUUCCUCAAGAGAACCCCCAAGAAGUGAGUGGGCCUGUUCCCCACGGAUCAGCUCAUCUCCAGGAAAAAAGCCCCAGAGACAAGGCUGCAGUGCCUGUGUUUAACCCAGUCAGGUCCCAGACAUUGGUGAAGACUGAGGAAGAAACAGCCCAGGCCCUUGCUACAGAGAAGUGGCCACAUCUGAGUCUGGCUCGGAGGAACCUCUGUGGGAACUCAGCUCAGAAGACAGUUACAAGCCUCAGUCUGAUGACUGAAGAAAUUGUAACUAAAGAUACAUUGUUUAAUGCAAAGCAAGAAACUUCUGAAGAAACGGAACAAAGUGGAGAAGCCUCAGGAAAGCCCAACAGAGAGUGUGCACCCCAGAUUCUUUGUAGUACUCCUAUCCCUACUGAAAGGACAGUUACACAUUUGAACACUCUGAAGGACCGUCACCCAGGUGAUUUGUGGGCCCGGAUGCACAUCUCAUCCUUGGAAUAUGCUGCAGGAGACAUUACCCGAAAAGGGAGAAGAAAAGACAAAGCUCGAGUGAGUGAACUGCUCCAAGGUCUCUCAUUCUCUGGUGACUCAGAUGUGGAAAAAGAUAAUGAGCCUGAGAUCCAGCCUGCUCAAAAGAAGUUAAAGGUGUCUUGUUUCCCAGAAAAGAGUUGGACCAAAAGAGACAUUAAACCCAACUUUCCAAGCUGGUCAGCACUGGAUUCUGGACUUUUGAAUCUCAAGAGUGAAAAGUUGAACCCAGUAGAGCUUUUUGAAUUAUUUUUUGAUGAUGAAACAUUCAACUUAAUUGUCAGUGAAACCAAUAAUUAUGCUUCUCAGAAAGAUGUCAGCUUGGAAGUCACAGUUCAGGAAAUGAGGUGUGUGUUUGGUGUCCUACUUUUGAGUGGAUUUAUGAGGCAUCCUAGAAGGGGAAUGUAUUGGGAAAUCUCUGACACCAAUCAGAACCUGGUUAGAGAUGCAAUCAGAAGGGACAGAUUUGAAUUGAUUUUCUCAAACCUGCACUUUGCAGAUAAUGGCCACCUAGAUCAAAAAGAUAAGUUUACAAAGUUGAGACCUCUCAUAAAACAAAUGAAUAAAAAUUUCCUCUUGUAUGCUCCCCUGGAAGAAUACUAUUGCUUUGAUAAGUCAAUGUGUGAAUGCUUUGAUAGUGAACAAUUCCUGAAUGGAAAGCCUGUUAGAAUUGGAUAUAAAAUUUGGUGUGGUACAACCACACAGGGUUAUCUGGUUUGGUUUGAGCCCUAUCAAGAAGAAUCAACUAUGAAGGUAGAUGAGGAUCCUGACCUUGGGUUAGGUGGAAAUCUAGUAAUGAACUUCGCUGAUGUUCUUUUAGAGAGAGGUCAGUAUCCCUAUCACCUGUGUUUUGAUAGUUUCUUUACAAGUAUCAAAUUGUUGUCAGCCUUGAAGAAGAAAGGGGUGAGGGCAACAGGAACAAUUCGUGAGAACAGGACCGAAAAAUGUCCCCUUAUGAAUGUAGAACAUAUGAAAAAAAUGAAGAGAGGGUAUUUUGAUUUCCAAGUAGAAGAAAACAAUGAGAUAAUUUUGUGUCGUUGGUAUGGGGAUGGCAUUAUCAGUCUGUGCUCCAAUGCUGUGGGCAUAGAACCAGUCAAUGAGAUAAGUUGUUGUGAUGCUGAUGAUGGAGAAAUCCCUCAGAUAAGUCAACCGUCCAUAGUAAAAGUGUAUGAUGAAUGCAAGGAAGGUGUAGCUAAAAUGGAUCAAAUUAUUUCGAAGUAUAGGGUGAGGAUAAGAAGCAAGAAAUGGUACUCAAUUUUGGUGAGCUACAUGAUUGAUGUAGCCAUGAACAAUGCAUGGCAACUACACAGAGCCUGUAACCCAGGUGCUUCUCUAGACCCCUUGGAUUUUCGGAGAUUUGUUGCACAUUUCUACUUGGAACACAAUGCUGAUCUGUCAGAUUAAGACACAUAAAAUGGACAUAGUGCAGACAUUAAUAAGACAUAGAAAAAUAAUAAUUGUAUAUGCUGUUGUACCCUCCCAAAGUAAAUCUGAUAUAUGUAAUGAAGUUAUUAAAUAAUUAAUACUUUUAAAAAUCAGACAUUUAUAUAGAGUUUCAAGGACUAUUGUAACAAUGUUAAAAAUUAUCUGUGAAAAUGUUGAACUAAAGUACCUUUCUGUAUGUCAAAUUUGUGUCAGACAUGGGAAAUCCUUUAUUUGUUCAAUUGA